ACUUAAUAACUGUAAUCUGUCAGAGCGAAGCUGUGGAGCUCUGUCCUCAGUCCUCAGCUCCCAGUCCUCCAGUGUGACAGAGCUGGACCUGACUCACAACAACCUGCAGGAUUCAGGAGUGGAGAGUCUUUCUGCUGGACUGGAGAGUCCACACUGUAAACUGGAAGCUCUCAGGCUGUCAGGCUGUCUGGUCACAGAGGAAGGCUGUGCUUCUCUGGCCUCAGCUCUGAGCUUGAAGACCUCAAAUCUGAGAGAGCUGGACCUGAGCUACAACCAUCCAGGAGACUCAGGAGAGAAGAUGCUGAGAGCUAAAGUGGAGGAUCCACACUGUAGACUGGAAACUCUCAGGGUGACGCCUGCUGGAGACCGAUGGUUGACACCAGGUCUGAGGAAGUAUUCCUGUCAACUCACAGUCGACACAAACACAGUACACAGAAACCUCAAACUGUCUGACAACAACAGGAAGGUGACACAUGUGAUGGAGGAUCAGUCGUAUCCUGAUCAUCCAGACAGGUUUGAAUUCUGGAAACAGCUGCUGUGUGGAACUGGUCUGACUGGUCGCUGUUACUGGGAGAUGGAGUGGAGAGGAGGGGUUGACAUAUCAGUGAGUUACAGAGGAAUCGGAAGGAAAGGAGGCAGUGAUGACUAUGUGUUUGGACGUAAUGAUCAGUCCUGGUGUCUGAUCUGCUCUGAUGGUGAUAUUUACUCUGUACAUGGUGGUUACUAUGUCAGACACAAUAACAUUCAAACAUCCAUCAGUUCCUCAUCAGACUCUCACAGAGUUUCAGUUUAUGUGGACGUUCCUGCUGGAACUCUGUCCUUCUACAGAGUCUCCUCUGACUCUCUGAUCCACCUCCACACCUUCAACACCACAUUCACUGAAACUCUCUAUCCUGGUUUUGGGUUCUGGUAUUCUGGUUCCUCCUCAGUGUCUCUGUGCUGAGUUGAGUCUCCAGAGUCUCCUCCUGGUAGAGAAACAGUGUUGAACAGAUAGCUGAGUCUCUCCAUGACUCUGUCCCUCACAAACAUGUUUUCACAUUCAUGGAUUAAAUGUGUUUCUUUGUCAAAUCCUUCUAAAUGAUUCCUUGUAAACUUGUUCCUCUUCAAAGAUGGAAGUUGUGAUUAUUCCAGGAGCCAAAUGUGGUGUUUGCGUCUUUUUCCAGUCAAAUGUUGAGAGUGAAAAUCAGGAUGUGGUGUUCCUCUGACGCUCACUUGAACUAAAAGCAUUUGAGCUGCACAAAGUGUGAAAUGAGAGAGGAAGCAGUGAAUCUCCAAACUGCUGACAGACUUUCACACAUUAUUGUCCAGUGAAAAUCAGCUUUUUGUGCAGCCACACUUGAUCCUGAUUUGAGUCUUUAAGUCCUGUUCUAGUGAUGAAAUGAGAACUUCCUUCAUCUGUAUCACUCUUUCCAAAGUAUUCUGUGCUCUUCGGUGGUUUGUGGUAAAUUCAUCCUGAAAUCCUUCCAUUUCUGUCCUCAAUAUUCUACCAAAUAUGAAAGAUUCCUUUGGAAGCAGAUCUUCAAGGAUUUUAGAUUUGAUUUCCAACAGUCAGAAUGUUAGAAGUUUCCCUGUUGAUCAUAUUUUACUGAUAGUUUCUCCCAAAUGUUUCAGCUCAUUUUUACUGGAAUAUUCUGAAGUAAAGUUUGUGUUUUCUGGUGAAUGGAUCAGAUCUCACAUUUAGUUUCAAUCAAACCCUGAGGCUUCUGGAAAAUACACACAGCUUUAAAAUAAUGUUGGAUCAUCUGCUGACUGUGUCGUUAUUAAAUGCUUUUAGAGUUUCA